AUGUGUCCUUCCGUAGACCGUUUGCAGGUUCAUUUGCCAAACAUGCAUCAAGUGAGGUUCGAAGCGAACCAACCAAUCUCAAGCGUGUUAGAGAACCCAAGAAACUCUAAGACGAUCCUCACUGAAUUUUUCAAGAUGAAUUCGGUUGAUCCAAAUGCAAGGAGAUAUCUUUAUCGAGAAUUUCCAGAUCAUUACAGGUGGUUAUCGACUUCACGUGAAUGGCAAAAGAGAAAAAGUCAACAACGGGUUUUGGGUCGAUUAUAUGUAGCUUCACCGUUGGAAGGAGAACGGUUUUAUAUGAGAAUGUUACUCAAUCAUGUGAGGGGGCCUACGUCGUUUGAACAUUUAAGAACGGUCAAUGGUGUCACACACCCAACAUUCAGGGCUGCAGCUGAAGCCCUCGGUCUAAUCGAAAAUGAUGAAAGCAUUCGUCAAUGUCUUUCAGAAGCAUGUUCGGUACGAAUGCCAACUGCAUUACGUCGAUUAUUUGCAACCAUCUUGGUAUAUUGCCAACCAACAGGAUUGCGUUCACUGUGGGAUGAGUUUUUCCCUUACAUGGUUGAGGAUUAUCCGACUUCCAACACAACAAACAAUUGUGUUUUUCUCACUAACAAACUUUUGCAGGACUUGGAUAGGUUAUUGCGACCGCUCAGAAAAAGGAUUUCUGACUACACGGAGUUGCCAAGUUUACCUGAAACUACUGAUGACAUAGGCGAGCUUCCUUCUAUCAUAGAGGAGUACUUUUCUAUUCCGGUUCCAGAUGAGGAUUUAGCAUGCGUUGCCACUCUCAAUAGUGACCAACAAAUUGCAUACGAUACAAUAAUGAAUGCUGUCAUUUCAAAGGCUGGUUGUUCUUUCUUUGUUGAUGGUCCUGGCGGCACCGGGAAAACAUUUUUAUACAGAGCCCUUCUUGCUACUGUAAAAAGUAGAGGCGAAAUAGCUAUUCCCACUGCAACGUCUGGAAUUGCAGCAACGUUGUUGCACCAGGGAAGAACAUCACAUUCGACUUUUCAGCUUCCACUUAAUCCUGAUAGCUCAUCAACUUGCUCAUUCACCAAACGUUCUAAAACUGCAAUUCUCCUAAAAAAUUCUUCCAUUAUCGUAUGGGAUGAGGCCCCAAUGACACACAUAUAUCAAUUUGAAGCUGUUGAUCGGUCACUCAAGGAUUUAAUGGGGAACGACUUGCCGUUUGGGGGAAAAAUUAUUGUGUUCGGUGGUGAUUUCAGACAGGUUUUACCGGUGGUUCGAAAUGGAACUAAAGCUCAAAUGAUUGACGCAUCUUUUGUCAGGUCCCCUAUGUGGAGACACAUUCGUAUUUUGCGUUUGAGAGAAAAUAUGAGAUCACGAGAUGAUAGCGGCUUUGCUAAUUUCUUACUCUCAGUUGGGAACGGUAAUGAACCUACUGUUUCAGAUCAGAUGAUAAGGUUACCAACUGGCAUGAUUAUACCAACAGUGGCAGAUAGUUCGAUCGAGGCUUUGAUCGACCAGGUCUUUCCGAGUUUAAGUGAGCACGUUGGUGAUGGAAAUUUUAUAGUUGAAAGGGCAAUCAUCACACCCCUAAACGAAGACGCUGAUAGGAUAAAUAAUAAGGUUGUCGAAAAGUUUCUCGGAGAAGGAAAAAUGUACUAUUCGUUUGACUCUGUUCCUGAAGAUAAGAGAAAUUUGUAUCAACAAGAGUUUUUGAAUUCGAUUUCUGCGUCGGGAUUGCCUCCUCAUGCUCUCACCCUGAAACCUGGGGUACCUUUAAUGCUUUUGAGAAAUAUUGAUCCUAAACAUGGUCUUUGCAAUGGAACACGGUUGCUUUUCCAUUCAUUAAAGGACAAUUUCAUUGAUGCUGAGAUAUUAACCGGACAUUCUAGGGGAAACAGAGUGUUUUUGCCAAGAAUUCCCUUGAAAACCGCUGAAGAUAUAAAAUUGCCAUUCGAGGAUGGUCAGAAAGCAAUUUCCUGUGAAGUUGAGUUUUGCCUUGACUAUCAACAAGUCUCAGGGACAAACUAUUCCACAUGUUGGCAUAUACCUCCCUGA